UCAUGACGCGUGCGUGGCCGCGGCGCAGGCCGGGCCCGCGGCGCCGGAGGAGGAAGUGGUACGGUUGCUUCUCCUUCCGCGCCCACCGCUGGCUCCCGGGGCGCGGAGAGGGGUCUCCGUCGCCGGCGCUGCGUCGUGCUCUCGUGCUGUUCCCGUCCAUGUGCCCCUGCGCCGUGGCUCCCCUUCCUCAGGCCACCGCUCACCCGGGGGUCUAUGGAAGUAAUGGAAGGACCCCUCAACUUGGCUCAUCAACAGAGCAGACGAGCAGAUCGUUUAUUAGCUGCAGGGAAAUACGAAGAGGCUAUUUCUUGUCACAAAAAGGCUGCAGCAUAUCUUUCUGAAGCCAUGAAGCUGACUCAGUCUGAGCAGGCUCAUUUAUCACUGGAACUGCAGAGAGACAGCCACAUGAAACAGCUUCUCCUCAUCCAGGAGAGAUGGAAGCGGGCAAAGCGAGAGGAAAGAUUGAAAGCCCAGCAAAGCAUAGACAAGGAUGCAGCUGCCCAGCUGCAGGCAUCUCACAAACCCUCUGCUGAGGACACAGAGGGACACAGUCCCCUGCUCUCUCAGAAGCACAGCCCUCCCACGGAGAAGCACCUGUCUGAAAUUCAGCGGGUUUUUGACAGGGAUCCAGACACUCUCCUAUUUUUACUUCAGCAGAAGAGUGAGCCAACAGAGCCAUGCAUUGGAAGCAAAGCCCCAAAAGAUGAUAAAACAAUUAUAGAGGAGCAGGCAACCAAAAUUGCAGAUUUGAAGAGGCUUGUGGAAUUCCUGGUGGCUGAGAAUGAAAGAUUAAGGAAAGAAAAUAAACAACUAAAGGCUGAAAAGGCCAGACUUCUAAAAGGCCCAAUAGACAAGGAGCUGGAUGUGGAUGCUGAUUUUGUAGAAAAGUCAGAGUUAUGGAGCUUGCCACCACAUUCAGAAACUGCUGCAGCCUCUCCAACCUGGCAGAAGUUUGCCGCAAAUACUGGGAAAGCCAAGGAUAUUCCGAUACCCAAUCUUCCUCCCUUGGAUUUUCCAUCUCCAGAACUUCCCCUCAUGGAGCUCUCUGAGGAUAUUCUGAAAGGACUUAUGAAUAAUUAAAAUGGAAGGUCACAGAAGAGGCGGGAAGAGGAAAUAAUGCUGUAAUAGUUAAUCCGGCAAAAAAAAAAGGGAAAACCACACGCAAGGGUAAUUCCGGAGACGCCCAUCAUCGGCUACUGUGGAGAAGAGGCGUUGCCAGGACUUGGAAACAGUCACUGUGAAAUAUGUCGCAUAUCUGAUUUACUGACUCGAGCUAAUGAUUCCAGACUUGGCAGACACUAAAUUCUUGGAGGUUCACUUUCUCCUGAUACAAACCAAAUGGCUACCUGGAAUAAUUUUUUUCAAGCAACAAUUAUUUUUCUUAUCUUCAGGGUUAAAAUGUAUAAAAGUAUGUUAUUUGUAAUUAAUUUAUAAGGCCAUAAAUGAUAAUGCAAAACCUAAAUAACAGGUGGCCUGAGGCGCUGCCUUGUAUUUGAAACAUGCUUCUAUCAUGCGUUGACUGUGUGCAUUUUGUUAUGCACAUUUCAUUCGUUUCAUAAGGUGUGUAAGACACCCCUGUCUAGAUGAAACUCUGUGCCACACUUUGCACUACUCAUAACAUAAUGAUAACCUCAAGACUAUCAGGAGAAAUAUUUAAAUUUCCAUUUUAUGAAGAAAGGAACCAAAUUGUUAGUUAUGCUUUUUAAAAAAAUUACCAGUUUACAUAAUUAAUCAGGGUGCAUUUUAAGUUCUAACUUUUUUUGUUUAUUGUAUAAUGCAUCAUUUGAAAAUACCAAGGAAAUGUCCUUUUGUUUUUAAUGAUGCAUGAGUGGAAGUAAUGCUAGUUGGCAGUAUUUGAUGUAAGAAAUCAAUAAAGUAAUUGUGUUUUAUACCUUUGUUGAAUGUGGUUGGUAGUUAAAAAGCAAGUUUUGUAUGGCUUCUGUGUUUGUAAAUUUUGAAUAUGAAUUUGAAGAGAUUCUGUCAAAUGAUUGCCUUGGUUUGUUAAAGAUUUUCUUCAGUAUUUUGUAGUCAGUUUUCUCUACAACUAGGGUGAAAAAAGAACAGGAAGUUCCUGAGGUUUAAAUGUGUUCCCAACCUUUCUCUCACCCUCGCACACGUGGACAGCGCUCGGGCUGGCGGCGGCCGUCCCUGGGGCACGUGCGCCCCGGCAGAGCUCAGUGGUUGCGAAGCGCUGCCUGGGCCGUCUCCUCUCUGCACAGGCUGGCGGUCCCGGAGUGGGAAGGGGAGGAGGAUAUAACUGAAACUCGUGGGUGCAAGCCCCUGGGUGUGUCUAAAGCAUAGACUUCGUUUAUUUUGAGGGAAUGAUAGAGAUGGAUGACCAGCAUGUUCCUGAGGUACUAAGAAACAGUUGGGUUGAGGGGAUAGUGGUGGGCUCAUGUUUAGUGAGGAAACUAGCAGAAGUAGGCUGAGAUGAAGUGACUGCAGAGGUCACAUUUUUUCCUGUCUCAUCUUGCUGCUGCUGAAACCAAAAAUAAACUAGCAUCUUAAAAUAA